ACAUUUAUAAAGAAGUAGAGGCAGAACUGGACACUGUCGGUCGAAGAAAAAUGUUUCUGAGCUGAGUGAGCUGUGACAUAUCUAAUACGAGUCUCUCUGGGGAGAGAGAUGAGGAGACCACUGCCUCUAAAAUGAGUCUCUCUGGGGAGAGAGAGGAGGAGACCACUGCCUCUAAAACGAGUCUCUCUGGGGAGAGAGAGGAGGAGACCACUGCCUCUAAAAUGAGUCUCUCUGGGGAGAGAGAGGAAGAGACCACUGCCUCUAAAAUGACUCAAGACACCAGUUCUAAGAGUGUCCAGAAGCCCAGAGCAGAGUCCCCUACAACCAGCCUGCUAUCAAUGACGAGUGAUCAGCCACCUGCUUUCAGCCAGGAACCAUUACCAGAUGACAAUAAGGAAGUGGAGAGUUUGGACAGUGAGGAUGCAUUAAAGAUCACACACAACCUUCUGGACAGAAGAAGUCAAACUCUGCUGACAGUCCAACAAGACAUUAAGGCUAAACUGAAACACAAGUAUCAACACAUAUCUGAAGGAAUUGGACACCAUGGAAACCAAAGUCUGUUCAAGGACAUCUACACAGAGCUCUACAUCACAGAGGGUGGAAGUGGAGGACUCAAUAAUGAACAUGAGGUUAGACAGAUAGAGAUGGCAUCCAAGAAACAAACCACACAAGAGACGCCAAUCAAAUGCAACGACAUCUUCAAGCCUUUACCUGAACAAGACAAACCUAUCAGAACUGUGCUGACAAAAGGAAUCGCUGGCAUUGGAAAAACAGUCUCUGUGCAGAAGGUCAUCCUUGACUGGGCAGAGGGAAAAGCAAAUCAGGACGUUCAUUUCAUGUUUCCUCUUCCUUUCCGUGUUUUGAACCUGAAAAAGGACCAAUACAGUCUGAUGCAACUUCUUUCCCACUACUUCCCAGAGCUGAAAGAGAUUGACAGCAUUGAAGAUGGUGAAACCAAAACUGUUUUCAUUUUUGAUGGUCUGGAUGAGUGUCGACUUCCUAUAGACUUUAAAAACAAUGAGAAGUGCUGUGAUGUCACACAGCCAACCUCAGUGGACGUGCUGCUGACAAACCUCAUCGAGGGGAAUCUGCUUCCCUCUGCUCUCGUCUGGAUAACCUCACGGCCUGCAGCAGCCAAUCAGAUCCCUCCUGAGUGUGUUGACCAGGGGACAGAGGUACGAGGGUUCAAUGAUCCACAGAAGGACGAGUACUUCAGGAAGAAAAUCACAGAUCAGAAUCUGGCCAAUGAAAUCAUCAAACACAUGAAGACAUCAAGGAGCCUCCACAUCAUGUGCCACAUGCCAGUCUUCUGUUGGAUAUCAGCCACUGUCCUUGAGAUGAUACUGAAAGAGGCAGAGAAGGAUGAAGUCCCCAAAACUCUGACCCAGAUGUACUCACACUUCAUACUCAUCCAAAUCAUUGUGAAGAACAGGAAGUACAACAAAGCCACAGAGACAAACCCAAAGGAACUGUCUCAGUCAGACAAAGAGAUGAUCCUGAAACUGGCAAAGCUGGCUUUCCAACAGCUACAGAAGGGCAACCUGAUCUUCUAUGACGAUGACCUGAGAGAGUGUGGCCUUGAUGUCACAGAGGCAUCAGUGUACUCAGCAUUGUGUACAGAGAUCUUUAAAGAAGAAUCUGGGCUGUACCAAGAGAAGGUCUACAGCUUUGUGCAUCUGAGCAUUCAGGAGUUUCUAGCAGCAGUGCAUGCUUUAGAAUCAUGUCUGGACAAGAAGGAAAAUGUUUUCUCCCCCAAAGCAGUCACUAGUGAUGAUGAGCAGGACGAGGAGGAGGAGAACAAGGAUGAUGAUGAGGAGGAGGAGGAGAUUGAUGAUAAGCAGGACGAGGAGGAGGAGAACAAUGACGAAGAUGAGGAUGAUGAUGACGGCAAUGAUGAAGAGGAGUCAUUCCAGUUGUCUGACUUACACAAGAGAGCAGUGGACCAGGCCUUGAAAAGUAAGAAUGGACACCUGGACCUGUUCCUCCGCUUCCUUCUGGGUCUCUCACUGGAGUCCAAUCAGAAACUGUUACGAGGCCUUCUGACACAGACAGGAAGUACAACACAGAGCAAUGAGGAAACAGUUGAGAGAACAGUCAGGUACCUUUCAUACAAGAUCAACCAUGAAUCCUCACCAGAAAGGAUCAUCAACUUGUUCCACUGUCUGAAUGAACUUGGUGCCAACUCUCUAGUUGAAGACAUGCAGACCUCCCUGCGAUCAGGAACUCUUUCAAAAACAAGACUAGAACCUGACCAAUGUUCAGCCCUGGCCUACCUGUUACUGAUGUCAGAGGAGGUGCUGGAGGAGUUUGACCUGAAGACAUACAACACAUCAGAGGAAGGUUAUCAGAGGUUGCUGCCGGUAGUGAAAACCUGCAAGAGAGCACUACUGGCUGGCUGUAAACUCACAUAUGAAUCCUGUGAGACUCUGGCCUCAGCUCUGCAGACACCAAACUCCCCCCUGAGAGAACUGGACCUCAGCUACAAUGACCUGGGAGACAGAGGAGUGAAGCUGCUCUGUGUUGGACUAACCAGUCCACUCUGCAACAUACAGACACUAGUUCUAGGUCAGUGUGGUCUGACAGAGGGUUGCUGUUCACAUCUGGCCUCAGUCCUGAGUUCACCCAACUCACAACUGAAACAACUGGAGCUGAGAGACAAUGACCUGCAGGACUCAGGAGUUACACUGCUGUCGGCUGGACUGGAGGAUCCAGACUGUAAACUACACACACUGGGGCUGUCUGGCUGUCUGGUCACAGAGGAGGGCUGUGCUGCUCUGUCUUCAGCUCUGAGGUCAUACCCCUCCCACCUGAAAGAGCUGGACCUGAGCUACAAUCACCCAGGAGACUCUGCAGGGGGACUGCUUUCAGCUGCUCUGGUGGAUCCCACAUAUAAACUGAUGAAGCUGAAUGUGGAUCAUGGUGGAGAGUGCAGGCUGAAAUCAGGGCUGAGGAAAUAUGCCUGUCAUCUCACCCUGGACCCAAAUACAGUAAACCCACUCCUGGUACUGUCUGAGGGGAACAGGAAGGUGACAUGUGUGGAAGAGAUGCAGCAUUAUGAAGACCAUCCAGACAGAUUUGACUGUAGUCCCCAAGUUCUCUGCAGAGAAGGCUUAACUGGAUGUCGUUAUUACUGGGAGGUGGAGAGGGAUGGUGAAUGGGCUUACAUUGGUGUGGUGUACAAAGGAAUGAACAGGAAGGGAGGGGUGCUUGACAGUGGUAUUGGAACCAAUAGGAAGUCCUGGUGUUUAAUCUGCUUUGAUGGCUUCUACUCAUUUAACCAUGCUGGAGUCAGUAGGAGAUCCAUCUCUGAUCCUCAUUCUAACAGAGUUGGAGUGUAUCUGGACUGGCCAGCUGGUACUUUGUCCUUCUAUAGUAUGUCCUCCUCUGGUACACUGACACACCUUUACACAUUCUACUCCACAUUCACUGAACCCCUCUAUCCUGGGUUUGGGGUUUGCUCCUCCUCCUCCUCAGUGACCCUGUGUCAGAUAGAUGACCAACACAUUCAGAGAGACCAUGGUGGAGAGAGUUGGAUCAAGCCUGGACCUGGGAAAUGGAUUCCUCAGAGCUGUAAGACUUGUGACCAUGUUGAGGACUCCACACACUGGCUUCAGAUUGAACCCUUGACUUCCACUGUCCAGGGAGUUACAAUGUUCAGACACAGGACACCCAAAGGGAGUUAUGAGUGCACAGUGUCUGGGCUCCGCUGGCUGUGUGAGAGAGAUGUCAUUCUGAAGUAUCACUUCAGGAACUGGGAACCCUACAGUCACCUUCUGAAAGACAUGCAGUACACACAAGGUGGUCCAUUGCUGGACAUCACUAUGGAGUUAGGUGAACUGGAGGAAGUUCAUGUGCCACACUGUGUCUGUUUAGGGACCAACCCUUCCCUGAGGAAUGAGAUGAAGAUUCUUCAUGUAGAGGAACAUGGAGUGUCUUUAGAGGAAGUGCAUGAGGUCACCAGAUUCCAUGCUAAGAUUCUCCAUCCCAAGUUCUCAGCUAUCUCUGUUAUACUGAGAUAUAUAUUUUCUUGGAACGUAGAUGUCCACUGUGAGCUGAUGCUCUAUCUGACAGUGAAAAAGGAAACACUAAUUCCACGCCUAUACCUGUUCCCCAGUAACCCCGGCCAAAUGCAGGCUGUGGAAGAACAGGAAUCAAAGUUUCAAGGGUCUAAAAGGAUUCCCAUCACAAGACCAGAGCAGUCCUUAGAACUGAAUAGUUCCUUCAGACUGAACAUUCCCUGUUCUACCUCCAUCUUUCCACCGAGGAUUCAUCUCAUACAUAGAGACACCACACCAAGCUUUUUCAAGGUGGUUAUGAAAAUUUCAGGGAUUGAGAUGGAGUUAAUCGGUGAUGAUGAGAGGACAGUAUGGAAAGAAAUUGUACCAACAGAUGAAUACAUCUCUGACACCCAUUCAACUAGUGCUGUGUUGGGGGCAGGAGGUCCGGCUGAGAGCAGUCUGACUGGUUCUGCAGAGCAGCAGCUGCGUUCUGUACGGACAGAGUUUGUGAAACGAGUGUCAAGACCUGUCCUGAAUGAACUGCUGGACGGACUCCUGCAACACACAGUCAUCAACCAGGAGGAAAUGGAGUCAGUGAAGGUGAUAGCUGAAAGGGCAGAGAAAGCACGUGACAUCAUCGACAUGGUGUUGAGAAAAGGAACUGAGUCAAGUUCCAGGAUGAUCAACCUUCUUGGGGAGCUGGACCAAUGUCUUUGUUCACUGCUUCAGAUCAACAGUGUUGGGCUACCAACCUAAUGGUAGAAUGGAUAGUAACGGUGUUGGGGUACCAACCUAAUGGUAGAAUGGAUAGUAACAGUGUUGGGUUACCAACCUAAUGGUAGAAUGGAUAGUAACAGUGUUGGGCUACCAACCUAAUGGUAG